AUGGAUCCACCCACCGAGCCAGCGGCAACACCCGACCAACUCGACGACGGUGUCGAAAACAUGGAGAUGGAUCAGCAGCAGCAACCGCCCGACAAACAAGCCCUCCCGCCGCCACAUUCGUUGCACGACAGCCUCGACGAUACCCUCGGCGGCAUCGAGGGCUCCCCGCAUGUGGCCUCGAGCAGCAACGGCUAUCACCACGGCCAGCCUCAGCCCCUCGACCCGGCCGCGCCAAACAGCCCCCGCUAUGAUGACGACCACGCCAGCCGCCACACGCCGCCCGUCUCUGGCGCCCACUCCAUCUCGAGGCCCGGCAGCCAAAUGUCGAACCCCUCGAGCUCAAACCCCUUUCACCAGGCCCACGGCAGCGACCAAGGCGGCCAGGCCUCGAGCGAACCCCCCAACGGCCGCAACCACGUCGUCAUAAAGGUCGGCAUGGUGGGCGAUGCCCAGAUCGGCAAGACUUCUCUCAUGGUCAAGUACGUCGAGGGCAGCUGGGACGAGGACUACAUCCAGACGCUGGGCGUCAACUUUAUGGAAAAGACGAUAUCCAUCCGCAACACGGAAAUUACCUUUUCCAUCUGGGACCUGGGCGGCCAGCGCGAGUUUGUCAACAUGCUGCCCCUGGUCUGCAACGACGCCGUCGCCAUCCUCUUCAUGUUUGACUUGACGCGGAAGAGCACCCUCAACAGCAUCAAGGAGUGGUACCGCCAGGGCCGAGGCUUCAACAAGACGGCCAUUCCCAUCCUCGUCGGCACAAAGUACGACCACUUUGUCAACUUUCCCAUCCAGGACCAGGAGGAGAUUUCAAACCAGGCGAGACGGUUCGCCAAGGCCAUGAGGGCGUCUCUGAUCUUCUCGAGCACUAGCCAUAGCAUCAAUGUGCAAAAGAUCUUCAAGAUUGUCCUAUCGAAAGCGUUUGAUCUCAAGUGCACGAUACCCGAGAUCGAAAACGUCGGCGAGCCGCUGCUGCUGUACCAAAACGUCUGA